AUGGCCGAAAAGGCCAAGGAAUUGCAAGAUCGCAUCACGGCAACUGCUGGGAGGGUCCUGAUAGAGUUGAACUGGCCCGGGAAUGGCGUCCGUGAACUCUUGCAGCGCAAGGAGCGCUUGGAAGCAGCGGCCAGGGAGGUCUCCGAUGUGCCGGCGGCUUUGUGGGACAGUCCGUCGGGUCGCACCACCUGCGAUGACAGCCACGUGGUUGCUACCGGAGAUUUCGAUUUAGCCGUUAACAAGGCAACCGCAGUUCGAGCUCCAGCUCAUGGAUUCCGAGCGCUUGAAAUGAGGAUCAUGUUGAUCAGGCGAGUUUGGCUGCUUCAAGCGCCUCUCGCAUUGGAGACAGAGCUGAAGAAGUUUCGGUGGACUUGCAUGGCCUCAGACUUGCAGGAAUUCUCAGCCCAGGACGAGGAUCCCAUUCAUGGAGUCACAUCAGGUGUGGCAGCAGUUCUAUUGCUCGAAAUUUGCCAGCAUCUCAUCACUCCUGAGAUUGUGUUGAACUGUUACGAGGACAAUCAGGCCGUUCUCGCCAUCAUUGCCCGUGGGUUUCUCAAGUUACGGCAUUUGAGCAAGUUUCAUAAGAUCAACGUUGCUUCUACCUGCGAGGCUUUCAGCGGAAUGGGAGACGAUGAUUUUGAUGACGAGGAGGGAGGUCCAGAUGAUGAGGAUGAAGAGGAUUUGGCUUCAGAACCUCAAGAGGACGUCGAGAUGGCACCGCGUUUGGGCGGCAGCCGAGGUAGCGAUGGGGAGAAUCGAGAUUUGAGUGAGCCGGGAUCGAUGGAAGAAGAGCUGCGCAUGUUGGGACACCUGCGUGCCAUGGAGCAGAUCAUCUCGGAGGUCUUGGACCCUGCUGGACGUUCCAGGCGGCGUGAUGGUGAAGACUUCGCCUUGGGCGCGCCCAUGGCGAGCCUUCGCAUUCGCAUGGGCGGCUCGGGAAGCUCAGCUGUGACGAAAAAAAAGCCCAGUCCUGGAGUCCUGGAGUCCUGGAGGUUACUGGAGACGGCAGGUCUCUGGAAGUCUGUGGAAGGCAUGAGUCAGAUUCGCAGACAAAAAGGCAUCGCGACGGAGCCGUUACGUUGGGAGUUCCCCUCCUUCGUGCGCUCGGCCGAUGCCAGCAGCGCCACCGCCACGCUGGACUAUUUCCGGAUUUCAUGUGUUUGUAUGGGGCUCACGGAGAUUUCAUGGUGGUUUUAUGGGAUGCAAGGGGAUUAA